AGAUGCUUCACCGUCUAGGAUAAAAUGUAGUAAGCAGCCACAACAUGUUAAUUGGAACAUUCAGAGAUUGCGCCGUACGGAAGAAUUGAAGGAAGCAGGAAAGAGGUGUUGAUUGGGUUGUUCGUUUACCAGACCGUAUUGCGAAUUGAAGAGGCAGGCAGUUCAAGUAAUCAUGCGUCUUCACCGCAAACAUUUGCUCUCAUCAAUCAAUCACUCAGAGAGAAGAUGUAUUCAGCAAUAGGGCAAAAAGAGCCCAAGUACGACGUUCUCGAAGACGAGUCGGCUCAUGGUGAGCUCAAAGCACCAAGAAACGUAUAUCGAGGAUGGGUCUGGCACUUGAUAAUCAACUGUAUCCUGGGUAUCGCCUUCGCAACAACCCUCACCCUCUAUCUUCGUCUCCUGCACGAAAUAAACCCACCAAAACUCGAAUGCGGAAAAUCCAUCCACGAAGCCAUCUCGCGCGGCUGCACAUUCGACUACGUAACGAAACUAUGGCUUCCAGCAGCAUGUCCUCGGACCGGAAUCGAAGGGUACACGAACCUGAGCGGCGGAUGGAAAUACUACACCGCGAAAGAAGGCGGUGCGGUGAUCGAGGAUAUAUCUGUUGUGCUGGGCGCAAAUCAUAUGUGGUGGACGACGGAACGAGAACAUCUGGCCCAUUGUGCGUAUCUGCUUAUGCGUGUUGCGGAGGUUGCGGCGAAGGGAGGGAGGAGGGAUAUGGAUGUUUUGGACUAUGAGCAUACGAAACAUUGUACGAUGCUUUUGUUGGAUAGGUCGCUGGAGCCGUCGCCGAAUCUGGAUGAGAUUAGCGUGCUUGCGGGUGGGAAGUUUGGGUCUUGUUGAGUGGAGCUUUGGGAGUUUGGAUGGGGAGAUAUGAUUACUGUUACGUGGCAGUUGAUCUGCAUCCAGCAUGAUGGACGGGAGAAAGUACGAAAUAGUACUAAGGGUUCGGUCUACUAAGGCUACGGAUAUUGGUUUGUACGGCCUCAAGACUUGUUGGUGGAUGGCCAGUGCUUCACAUACAACAAGGUAGUCUCUUCCGGAAUUGCAUUGGUUCUCUGUCAUCGUGGAGAUGUUACUACCAGCACUGUAUAUAUGUGUGUCUUCACCAGCAGAUUCAAUUCAAGCUCGUGUGAGAAGGGGACGGUAGUCGCGGCAGCAAAGAAUCUGGGACUAGCUAGAUCAGCCAGUACAUCGGGCACUUGGGCAU